AUGAUUAAGCACAGCAGCUACCAACCACACCACACCACACUACAUUUCUCACGCGCAAAUCGUCUCGUGGUUCCUUUCUUCCCCUCCGUCCACCCAAAGCUUCCGCUCUUCGAAUCGGUCCUCCAAUCCAUGGCGACGCUCGCCCUGCCGCCCACCGCCGCCACCCUGCCGGCCGAGGAAGACCCGCGCGCAGGCGAGAAGCCAUCUGCCGACGACUCUGCCGCGGAUCCGAGCGACAUCGACUCCGGGUGGGUUUUCCUCGGGAAGUCUGAUGUAGUGCCGGCGGACCAGGCCGCGGCCGCCAUCGAUGCCGCGGGUCACCGACGCCUCGGCUUCUCGCCACUGCCGAUGUUACCUAUCUGGGUGCAGAUGGUGCUCGGAGGCGUAGUCUACACGGCCGUGCCGUUCUACAAGAGGGCCAGACAGCUUGAAGACAAGGCGAUUGAAAACGUGGAAACUGCUUUGGAUGUUUUGGAGCGUGCCUCUGAGGUGACGGAGAAGUUCGCUGCUAAUGUGGCCAAUUCCCUACCGGAGGAUGGGUCCCUGCACAAGUUGGCCGAGGAGCUUGAGUACAUUGCGGAGGAAGUCGAUAAGGAUGCACACAAGGCUGAAGUCAUGAUUAAGAAGAUUGAAGCGCUCAGCGACAAGAUCGACGCCGCGGUGGAGCCUGUCAUCGAAAACCCCGAGGAGGAGUUCAAGCCAAAUCCAGCAUCCCACGCUGGAUCAGACGCCGAGAAAUGA